GCGAGUUUGGCCAAAGAAAAGCUUGUAGAUCCAUAUAGUGGAAGAGGGACAUGCAAAGCAAAUGCUUCGUAAAACGUCAGAUCGGCGUGUUUCCCGGUGACACUACCGCGGGUAAGAUAUAAUGUUUUUCUAUAUGAUAAGAGAUCCGGAUCAUUCUGAACGGCAGAGGACUGAUACAAUACAACCCAUGGCUACCGGACUGCACCAGUGCCAAGAUUGAGCAACAAACUCCCAACUACGAAAGCAUCACUUCCCCAUAGGAAAACUCCUCGUCGCUCUUUUUCCUAAACAAAGAGAGGAGCCGCUGACAAAGGCAGGCGACGGUAGAGAUCCGGGAGCAUCGCUGCUGCCUUUGUAGUUUCUCCGUGGAUGGGCCGGAAGAUAAGAUGAUACUGUUGUCCAAAUCUAACCUUCAGGGAAUGUAUGAGAAGCAUGACAGAUAACUACAUGAGGAGCAUGAAGGGUUCGGGACAUCCUGAAGCCAGAGACGCCUCUCACAGGCAAUGCCCAACCGCCCCUCUCUAAGCAAUGGCCUGGCAGAGCACCUCACCAUUCAGAUAUGGCUUUGACCUGGGAGGACAUUACCAGGAUCUGCGUCCUCUGGGCACUGGAGCAUCAGGUCUGGUCCUCUCUGCUCUGGACAGGCGCAGCGGCUUGCGCGUGGCGGUGAAGAAGCUGGAAAUGCGAGAUGCAGUUAGCGUAAAGCACGCUUUUAGAGAGGUGAAGAUCACCCGCCACCUACAGCAUGAGAAUGUGGUCAGGGUAUACGAUGUUUUAGGGCCAUCCGGGAAUCCCUUGCAAAGCGACUUGUCCCAUGUGCAAGCGAUAUACAUCGUGCAAGAGUGUAUGGAAACCGAUCUGGCACGGUUACUAGAGUUAGGGCCGUUGCCAGCGGAACAUGCCACCCUGCUUUUUUAUCAGCUUCUCCGAGGGCUCAAGUUCAUCCACUCGGCCAACGUGCUGCACCGAGACCUGAAGCCAGCGAACAUCUUUAUCAACACUGAACAACUUCUGCUUAAGAUCGGGGACUUCGGCCUGGCUCGCAUUGUCGACCCACAUUACUCACACAAGGGAUACCUCUCAGAGGGAAUGGUAACGAAAUGGUAUCGUUCACCACGACUGCUGCUCUCUCCAAACAACUACACAAAAGCGAUAGAUAUGUGGGCCGCAGGCUGCAUUCUAGCUGAGAUGCUAACAGGACACAUGCUGUUCGCAGGGGCUCAUGAGCUGGAGCAGAUGCAGCUGAUUUUGGACACUGUGCCUGUGAUGAGGGAGGAGGACAGACAGGAACUGCUCAAAGUCAUGCCUUCUAUGGUCAGUAAAGGAUGGAAGGUCAGGAGGUCACUGCGGGACCUCCUGCCAGAGUUUGAGGCGACAGCCAUUGAUUUCCUGGAACGCAUCCUCACCUUUAAUCCCAUGGACCGGCUGACAGCAGAAGCAGCUCUGGCUCAUCCAUACCUGCAGAAAUACUCCUGUCCUCAAGACGAGCCCAUAUCCCUUCAGCCUUUCCACAUAGAGGACGAGUUAGAGGCCAGUACAGUCACAGAACACGGCAGUGAGCUCAGCUCCCACUGGGACAGGUACGAUGAAAGUCUCUCAUCAGAGAUUUGCUGGCAGCGGCAGGAGCAGUGCGGAUGCAUGCAGAGUGACUCCGAGCUCGGAGAGGCGGAUGAAGAGGUUCAAAGAGAUCCAAGAGCAAGUUCCACAGCCGUCCCGGAGGAGGCUCAGGUAGACCCUCGCAAAUACUCCCACAGCAGCUCGGCAGAGCGCUUCCUGGAACAGUCCCACUCGUCUCUGGACCGGGUCUGCGGUCAAUUCAUGGAGCUGGACUGCGGUCGCUCCUGCGACUACAAGGUGGGCUCUCCCUCCUACCUGGAUAAGAUCACGUGGCGUGAGGGGAAACCACAGCAUUAUUCUGAACCUAGAUUAAUACUUGACUUGUCGAACUGGAGACAUAACCGAGGGGGAGGUGGGGAAAAGCUUGUCCCUGAACCAGGAGAUUUAUUUCAGGAGAUCUCACGGUGGGUGGAGAGCGCACAGUCGGGCCUCUACUCGCCCGGUUCUCCUCAAGAGCCGCUCGCCUCCCCGUGUUCACCUCCACAACCCCUCUCCCCUACAAUGCUCCCUCAUUUUCAAAUGCAAAUCCGAACACCUUUACAACUACAGGAGGAGAGCAGGAGGAGCCCUAACCCGUUCUUCUCCUCUCCGCCAUCUCUGCAGCCUUCCUCCCCUUCCUCUCCUCAUCUCGGUUCAGCUGAUUAUCCAUCUUCCUCUGUUUGUUGUCAAAAUAACGAAGAGCCCUCGCAGAUGCGGCCUUUGAAAGAGGAACAUUUUGACCUGGAUGUGUUUAUAUCUCAAGCUCUAAGGCUGUGUGGUCAGACUGAUGUUCAGUCGGAGAACUCGGAAGCUCCUAAAGAGGACAAUAAUAGUUGUGUUUAUGACAUCACAGACCACAGGCCGUCCAGAACACAAACUCCAACUCCUGAGAUGGUCAACCCUCCAGGGUGUCAUAAAGAGCACUGGUAGAACAAUGCAGAGACCUUUGACCUUUUUUGAAUGAUUCUCUAUCUUUAAAUUCGUUUUAAGGUGGUAUAAAUGAUUGAAUGUGACCGUAACACUUUACAAUAUAGUUGUAUGUUAACAUUAUUUAAUGCAGGGUUUUUAAACGUUUUAAUGCCAAGGACCCCCAAAUAUGAAGAACCUUCUGAGAGGUACCCCUCUUUUUAAAAAUACCUAUCAUUUUUUUUAUAAAGAUGCAUUGAAACUAAAUAUCUUUGAAAAGAAUUUCACAUUUUUUGCCUUCUUUUCUGAGGACAUCUUAGAACAUUCUGGAGGCCCCCUGGGGCUCUCCAGACCCCAUUUUGAAAACCCUUGUUUAAUGCACUUACAGACUAACAUUAACAUCUCAUCUACAGCAUUUAUUUCAUUUCUCUUCAUCAUCAUUUCAACAUUUACGAACACAUUUUUAAAAUCAAAUUUUAUUACUGUUCACAUCAGUUAAUGCACCAUGAACUAACAUGAACAACUGUGUGUGGCAUUAACUAACGUUGUUAGAUGCUUACAAAACUAUAUUGCUUAUUGUUAGUUCAUGUUAGUUAAUGCAAUUAAUAAUGUUAACAAAUACGAUAGAGAACCUGAUUUUUUGUUUUGAGGAUGCUUUCUUUCGAUUGGCACUCAGGUUCUGUAUUCCAUUAGAUGUUGAUAUAAAAUCUUUAUUUCUGAGGUAACAUAUUACCGUAUGAGGAUCCACGGCACAAAAAAAAGCUUCAUUUAACUUAAAAAUACUACCUAACUAAAUGAAUUUGAUGCAAACUCAUGUUAGCUAAUCUUUUUAAGUUACAUUUUAAGAUAACCAGGUAAUUUUUUUUUAAGUUGAACCACCGACAUCUGAAAUUUCUCGUAGAAUUUGUGAAAAACAAUGUAUUUGCUCCUAAAAGCCUUUUAUGAAAUGAUUAUUCUUUGUGCAACACCAGAGAGAAAGCUUGGAUUUUUCUGUGGUCACUUUGAAUGUUGUCAUUGAAUGUUUGUAAAACAUAAAUGAUGUCUUUAA